CCAUAGAUUUCGAUUAGCCGGGCUGCCCAUCCCAUCCGAGUACUGUCCAGUCAGUUGUUGUGAGUUGUUGGCCGUCUCUGUGAUUGGUAAGCACUUACUUUUUGACUCCAAUCUUCAAGUCUCCUAAAUCAGCGACCAUGCCAGUGAAAGCAGUGUGUGUGCUCAUCGGUGAGACCGUCAAGGGAACCGUCAACUUCGAGCAAAGUGCGGAUGGCGCCCCCGUACAGGUGUCAGGAGAGCUAUCCGGACUAGCUAAGGGACUUCACGGCUUCCAUGUCCAUGAGUUUGGAGAUAACACAAACGGCUGCACCAGUGCUGGGCCCCACUUCAACCCUCUGGGCAAGGAACAUGGAGCCCCCACCGAUGCUGUUCGACAUGCGGGUGAUCUUGGAAACGUAGAGGCUGGAGCUGAUGGUGUGGCAAAGAUAAACAUCUCAGACAAAAUGAUAAGCUUGUCAGGGCCUAACAGCAUCAUUGGCAGAACUGUUGUGGUUCAUGCUGAUCCCGAUGACCUGGGCAAAGGUGGCCACGAGCUAAGCAAGACUACUGGUAAUGCCGGUGGGCGCCUGGCCUGUGGAGUGAUUGGCCUCGCAAAGGCUUAAUCAAACACAUGCAUAGCUGUAUAUUGCCCACACUUUUAAUUUUAACCCAUUACUAUCUUGAUUAUAAAUGUUCUCCAAAGUAUUCAUUCCACCCAAUGAUAGAUUGAGUUCUAUUCUUUGGUCUCUAGGGCAAUGUUAAAAUCAAAAUGUACCUGUUUCUAAAUUAAAGUUUUACAUAAACAAUGUCCUUAAA